GCCUUAGAGCUUCUUCUUUUUUUUCAGUCGCGAUGCCAAAAGCCCUCAACACCGUGCUUUACGGUGGAAAAAUAUGACCCGAAAAUCAGUAAAGCAAAGUGGAGGGAGACGCUGCGUGUCAUAAGCGGAGCGGUCAUCACAUAUCACGCACGACGUUAGGAGUUCCCUUGCUUACACCGUGAAAACGCCCCUCUACUCUCCUCUUAGCCCUUCCCGACCGUGAGCCAUCCCUGCCGGCUUGUGCCUGUCUGCUGUCCCAGCCUGCAGGGCGACGUCUCCCCCCGUGGCAGAGGAAAGGCGCGCUGGGGCGGUGGUGGCGUCCGUCUUCCAGUUUCCUGCAAUCUCAAUGAUCACAAUCCGGAUUGAAGCUUGACACCCGGACCUGACAGGACAGGAUUGCAAUCCAUUUCUAUGACAACAGAGAAGGCAUUGGCUGGGGAACUGAAGAGCACAAUGGAGGGUGACGCCAGGAGAACCAAUCAGGCUCCAGAGGACCACGGGGAAGCAGAUGAUAGCUCAGAGAAGACCCCCAGUAAAGCCUCCAAAUCCCCCCAGAAAACCACCAAGCGGCCCAAGACUGUCCCUGUCAAAGUCACUCUACUUGAUGGUUCAGACUAUGAGGCUGCAGUUGAGAAAUUUGCCAAGGGCCAGACCCUGCUGGACAUGGUGUGUGGCCAUCUGAACCUGCUGGAGAGGGACUACUUUGGCCUGUCUUUCCAGGACACGGACAACUCCAAGAAUUGGUUGGAUCCCUCCAAAGAGAUUAAGAAGCAAAUUCGGGUUGGUUCCUGGACCUUUGGAUUUUCUGUCAAGUUCUACCCUCCAGACCCGUCUGUGCUCAUUGAAGACAUCACCAGGUACUACCUGUGCCUGCAACUGAGGGAUGACAUCCUGUCCGGUCGUCUGCCCUGCUCGUUUGUCACCCACGCCCUUCUGGGCUCCUACACUGUCCAGGCGGAGCUGGGAGACUUCGAGCCCGAGGAACAUGGCCCUGACUACGUCAGCGACUUCCGCUUUGCGCCCAACCAAACACGUGAGCUGGAGGAGAGAGUGAUGGAGCUGCACCAUAACUACAGGGGAAUGAGUCCAGCAGAAGCAGAAGUGAACUUUCUAGAAAAUGCCAAGAAGCUCUCAAUGUAUGGAGUGGACCUGCAUCAUGCUAAGGAUUCAGAAGGAAUUGACAUAAUGCUCGGUGUGAGUGCCAACGGUCUGCUCAUCUACCGAGACCGUCUAAGGAUCAACCGAUUCGCUUGGCCAAAAAUCCUCAAGAUCUCCUAUAAGAGAAGCAACUUCUACAUCAAGAUCCGCCCAGGAGAGUAUGAACAGUUUGAGAGCACCAUAGGCUUCAAGCUGCCCAACCAUCGGGCCUCAAAGCGAUUGUGGAAGGUCUGCAUUGAGCACCACACCUUCUUCAGGUUGGUUUCGCCAGAGCCACCUCCCAAGGGCUUCCUGGUGAUUGGCUCCAAGUUCCGCUACAGUGGGCGGACCCAAGCCCAGACCAGACAGGCCAGUGCUCUGAUUGACAGGCCUGCACCACAGUUCGAUCGGUCUGUUAGCAAGAGGUACAUGCUGCCCCGAAGUAUUGAUGGAGCCUCAGCUCUAGGCGACAGUAUGGACCAGUUGUCCCAGCGAAGCUCCAGUGAACGCACACAGUUCAUGUCCAGAGAAGAUCUGGACCAAGAGGGCAGCCUCGACCUGGACCACGAUCAGUACCACUAUCAGGACCAAGACCAGGACGAGUACACAGAUCAGGAGCUGGAGCAGCAUGAAGGUCAGGACCAAGAUCAAGUUCAGAAGCAUAGUCGGGGUGUCAACAUCUCAACGCCCACCAAGACUUUGGAGCUCAAGGGUGAGGAGGCAGGCUCGCCUGUAGACUCAAAACCAGAGGAUCUGGCCACCCGUCGGCCCAAACAGGAGCAGCAGUUCUUGGAUAAGCCAGAAGAUGUUCUACAGAAGCACCAGGCCAGCAUCAAUGAACUGAAGAGGGCUUUGAGGCAACCUAACAGCAAGAUGGCUCAGAGGGAGAAACGCCUCUCGUCAGCUACUCCUCCAGGAGGAACCCCUGAGCGGAAACCAGCGACUGGUGAUGCCAAAUUGCUUGACAAGCAGGAUGCUUAUGAAGGAGUGCUGGAUACUUACUCUAAAAUGGAAAAGAGUAAGUCCUCUUCUAUGGGUAGAGAUAUGUUCUCUGUGACACCUUGGACUGAAGCAAAUGUAAACAACUGUCCAACACCCAGGGACUCUUUAAAAACCAGACCUGGAACAUCUCUGAAACAGGAAACAGACUUUACAGCAACAGGACUAACGGAUAUGAACCCCAUGGAUGAUACAGUAGCAACUAAUGGCCAUCAUGACUCCGUAUUGGAGAGGAAUGCCAUUCAAGAAAAUGGAUAUGGAUCUCCACCUGACAAACAGAGGAGUGCGAUGAUCAACAGACAUAUGAGGCAAUGUCAAUAUGAGCACAACAUUCAUCGAGAGAGACCAAAGAACUUUGAAGCUCCGGUGGAUUCUCUCCCAAAGGACAAGGGACGAAGAACUGAGAGUGACAUGAGGCAUUGUGAGACUAGGAAAAUAAAAGCCCCAAGCCCCAUGGGAGCAAAAGAUUACAACGAAACAGGGAACUCACACUCAGAAGUCACCAAAAAAGUUCCUCUCAAGCCACAGAGAUCAAAGAAGUCUUUGAAUAAAGAGAACAAAGGUGUUGAAAACCCUCAAACCGAAAGCCAGUCUGAUCAAGUCUCAAAAUCAAAAGGCGGAUCCUGUGAGGCAGGAAGGAGAGUGGAUGAUAAUACUGUACUGCAAUCUGCCACAGAUGUUGUCAAGGAAAACACAGGGGCCACCAAAUACCACAGCGAAGCCGCAAUGUCAUAUCAGCAGCAAACUUUACUACAUCAACAGAUUAAGAAGGAGUUGUUUGGACAACUGGAGAUCAGAGACUGCAGAAGUACGACAGGACAAAGUCAGUGGACAAGAGGAGGCGGGCUACAUGAAGAUCAGUUUCAAAACAACUCAGAGAAUCUCCUCUCUAGCUCCAAAUUUCCAACAGCUCCCCCUCGAACUCUUCCUCUGAAAACGCAGUGGUCCCGAGACAGACAGAGCAACAUGGACAACAGCCACAUCCACUACAGGACGUCCAGCCAAGAAACAGCCAAGAGGAAACUCGCGGAGACACCUCCCACGCCCGCUAUUCAUGAGGAGCCUUUCAACGAAGCUUCAAGGGAGCCAUGGGAGAGACGUCUGGGCUCUGUCUCAGAAGACGACCAGGACCAUGAGAUCCUGUACCUGAAGGAAACCCACCUGGGCAUCGAGCGCAAAUGUUCCAGCAUCACGGUCAGCUCUACGUCCAGCUUGGAGGCCGAAGUAGAUUUCACCGUCCUCACGGACCUGCACACAGGCAUGGAGGAGUUCUCCAGGGGCAUGUCAGAGCUGGGAGACAGGGAUCUGUCACCUGACGGGGGUCUGUGCUUUGGCAUCGACUUGCUCCAGCAGCAGGGCCCCUCUGAACAUCCUCCUCCAUUAGUGUCAGCUCCUCUGUCCAGAGGAGCCAGCAGCAGCCCUCCAGCCAAACAUAUCCAGGCUGAAGAAGUCCGACCAGAGGUGAAACGGCCCGAUGUGCAGCCUGUAGUACCCAAAAAACCAAAGAGGUCAGUGCCAGUGUCAUCGUCAGUGGACAGAGAGCAGUCGCACAGAGAAGCCAGUCGCGUCUCUGCCGUCACACCACUGAGCAGGGAGGCCAGUGACGUCAUGCCCACACCGACAGUGAGGAAGACGGAUGUCAGGACGGAAACUCAGCCCAACGGGUCAGAGGUCACCACGACCAUCGUGGAGUUCACAGAUCAGGAUCAGGGCGUCACUGGCCUAAGUGAAGUUUCUUACUCUACGAGACAGAGUGUAUCCCCUGUGCAUAUAAGCAGUCUUGGAAGAGAGGCGUCAGGGUCCCCCGUCCUCGUCACUGAAAAUGUUACCUCGGCAACCACUCAUGUCACCAAGACGGUGAAAGGAGGAUAUUCAGAGACCAGGAUCGAGAAGAGGAUCAUAAUCACAGGAGAUGAUGAUGUAGACCAAGAACAGGCUCUGGCUAUUGCAAUACAGGAAGCUAAGCAGCAGCAUCCAGAUAUGCAGGUGACCAAGGCAGUUGUUGUCAGGGAAACAGAAUCGUCCACUGAGGAUCGACAUGGUGCAUCAGAGUCCUGAUUUCCUGAGACGAGAGUGCCCCCCUUUGGACCAGAAGUGUCAGUACCCAACCUGAACUUGCCACCCACCAUCCCUACUGAUAGACUACUGCCAGUGGCGCUCAAAAGCGAGCCUCUUGUACACAUUCACACGCACACAAAGCUGAAACAAAACUCCUUUUAAAUUCCUAUGUUUUAUUUUUGUUGUAUGUUUUAUUCAAACAUUUCACUAUUUAAACCAUUCAUGUUCAGCAAGUGGUUUGGCGGGUCAUGCAAAAAAAAAAAAAAAAAAAGUAUUAUUCAGUAUCACUCAUGGUCCUUGAUUGGUGGACAAUAUGCCACCAGAAUCUCAAACAUCUGGAACAAUUAAAGAGAUAAUCCAACUAAAUCCCCUGCCUCUCAGGGCCUCUAUAUUCAAACCACUUGCUUAAGUAUUCCUCAAAGGUCAAAGGGAGUUAGUGCAGAAGGGGUUUGUUUAGAUAAUCUGUGCACUCAUUCACACUGUGGAAUAAUCCAAGGUCUCGCGCCAUGUUGGUACCCAUCCCGUGCAGAUAGUAUCAAUUGGUACAAAAUAAGAAUAUGAGUUAAAAAAAUAAAUGGUCAUGCACAUACAGUAGUCUUCUACAUGUCUGUCCUGCUGUACUGAAUAACAAGAAAUCAUCAAAUUCCUGCUGUGUGUGCUGAAAAAUAACCCCCACUACUGUGUGUGCUUACACUUUGUUAAUAAGUAAAAUAAUCCAUUUCAUGUAGCAGCAAUACUGUUACAGCAUCCAGUGAAGAAGGGUUUAUGAGAGCAGAGAAAACCCUACUUUUAGUUUUUCACUCAUACAUAGCCAGUCAAAUGAACAAAUGAGCUUGGUCCCACCCCCCAUCACACUGACUGAUGAGGAUACACUGAGGAGAAAGGAUCAUAUAGAGCCCCACAAGGUCCUCUGGUGGUGUUUAUUCAAGUGUUUGUGCAGGACCAAAGUCUGAGCUAGUCCGAUCACUAUAUUUACCUCUAUCUGUCUCACCUGAAAGAUUUUAACUUCUGUGAAAUGUAUUUUACCAUGUGUGAGUGGCAUGUAUGCAAGGAUAUGAUUCAAGUUGCUGCAUCAUGAUGGACUUUGAUUGGACAUUUUGAUAAUGUCUAUGUAUGUGUCUGGACAUUAGGAGCUCUUAAUACACACAGUGUACCUGUUGUAUUUAUUCAAAUGGUGGCGAUGUAGUUUCUGAGCAUGCUGAUGUUCCAGAAUGAGCCCAGUUUCUCUCCUUUCCCAGCCUUUACAUAUGCUUUCAGAAUAUAGCUGGAUAUCAUACCACUUUGCAUAGUAAGUACAUAGAGUAGGCUAACAGAACGGGCUGCUGCAUCAGUAAAACUAGUAUUUGAGAUAAUGUUUGCAUGAUCAUUUCUUGCAUUUUUCGAUCGUAGUUGAGUAAUAUGGAUAUUAAUUCAUACAAAGGAUGGAUCAUGAUAUCCAGGAUCAUGUGAAAAUCACUGUACAAAAAUCACAAAGAUGUAAAGGCCGAAUUGUUCACAAUUGGAAGUCAACUCUGAGCUCUGACGUGUAAAAAAAGGAAAUUAAGCUUCCUGACAGUAAAUAAAGAGUAUUCAUUAGAAAAAGUGGGAAAUAUCAAGAACACAAUGCAUUCAGUUUUGUCAAUGCUAAGCGCCAAUAAUGGCACAGUGGCUACAGUUUCUUACUUCAGUUACAACCCUUUAACAGUUCCAUUUCUCAUUUCAAGCCAAUUUAACAUAUCAGUUUGUUUUUAAUUUAAUUGCCCUGUAGAGAAACAUGAAGUAGGCCUGUCAUGCCUACAUUCAGUUGUGGUGACUGAUAUUUUUUCACCGCCACUGUUCAUUGUACAACUAAUUUUCUUCAUCUUUCAACAUAGCCUGCGGAAAUGGUAUUAUGCAUCAGAACCCUUCCAAUACUCUUUCAAGCAAAGUAUAGUGUUAUAAAUAAAAUAUACAGUAGGAGCAGCAUCUCUGAACUUGUAGUUUUGUGUGAUUUGGUACAUGAAUGUUAGAGGGAUGUCAUAGACAUGUAGUGUGCCAAUUAAGGUAGCGGUCAAAUUGUACAAACUCUGAUUUUGUAUGAAAUAACUUUAUAAGAUCAAGCUACUUUUAAUUACAGAAGUGCCAGAAAGUCAAAUGCAUAAACUUGACACGACAAGGUUUUCCCUUUAAUUAUGGUGUCUGUAACAUUACCUACAAAAUUUGUCUCCUUGCAAAAGUCAUAUUUUAUAUAUAAAUGCAGCAGCAAAUUCAUUCAGAUGAAAAAAAAACUAUAUUAAAACUGUCAUGUCAGGUUUAUGAGGGUAUUACUGAGGUUUAACUUUGGCUUUCAGACACUAAACUUUACUGUCAACGUUCACAUGUGUAGUGUAAUUCCCGUUGUGUUUCUUAUUUUGGUUCAAAAAUCCUUUAAAGUGAUGGUUAAUCAUGGAUGUGGGUGUCAAACUGGAAGGUGGGGAAAAAAAUAAUAAUGCAGCCAUGCAUACCUUGUACUGUAUAUUUGGUGCCGUUUGGUGGAUUGUGAAGCUGUAAAGUAGUUAAAGGCCAUGGGCUUGAUGUACUCUAGGGGGCACCAGUUACCUGAAAGAUGAGAGCUUUGCAACAACAUCAAGCAUACCCAGCUGAAAUCCUUCUCACCAUUCUUCACUAAGGGGCAAAAUUAUCCUUGGAUCAAGCUGUAAGGUCAAACUUCCCUCCCUCUGCCCGAAAAGACAUGCUCUUGGAAGUCUGACAAGUAAUAACCAGACUGUGAUUAGUCACAGACAUUUGGCUGUGGUUGAGACACCUGGUGCUGAAGUCUGAUUGAAUGACCUCGGGCUGACCCUUAAACCUAGCCCUCUCCUCUCUGUACAGAGCCUUCCUCCUCCUCCUCCUCCUCCCCCUCCUCCACAGCAGCUUCUUCUGCUCUGCUGCUCUCCAUUGCUUGGUGCUGUGUCUUUGCUGUACAAUGUACUUGCAUUCCUUCGAAAUGAAUAAAGAAGAGAGAGAAAAAAAGAACAAGAUGA